AUGCCCUCUCCAGAUCUCAAGAAGUCCACACCUGCUUUUAUCUAUGAGUCCAAGGCUGCCGUUCCCAAUGCGGCACAUGCGAUCUUCUCUCGCAUGCUUGACGUUGUUGUUCCAAAUGUUACUGUUGGGGAACUUCUUGCUGUCAGUCCUGACCUAUGCAAGGAAGCCAUCGACCACUCGAGAAUGCACCGUAUUGCGACUGCCCCGCAGUCAGCACUGUCCGCGAUUACCUCUCUCACUCUGCCAUCUGUCGAUCAUGCUACCCCCCUUCGCGAAAUUGCUGUGUCGAUCAACGGAAAACUUGUUCUCAGUCUUCUUGAUGAAGGCUCUGAGAUUGUUGUGAUCCAGCAGGACCUGUGUGAAGAGCUCGGGCUGCACAUCAAUGAGACCAUGCGAAUGAAUAUGGAAACCGCAAACAGAGGGAAAGAGCCACUUCCGGGAUGUGUGGAAAUGUUGGAGAUUAAUGUUGAAGGAAUUCGUACCUGGGCACAUGCAUAUGUGGUCCCGAAUGCUCCGUACCGUUUACUGCUCGGUCGACCUUGGCAGAAACACGCACGCCUGCACAAACACGAAUUUGAGGAUGAAAAUGUCUUCAUUACUGUCCAUGACCCUUGCGACCCGACGAACACCCGUGAUCUGUCCACCAAACCUCGGCUCAUUGGUGUCCCCCGCGGAUCAUUCGCACUCACUGUCUCGUCUGCUGCUGUGCGCUCUGAUGUGAUACUGCCUACUAUCAGCGGCCUUACUGACACAUUCCUCGCUGAUGAAGUCUUGCGCUCGAACUAUGAAUGGGACCCCGUUGCUCAUGUCUUCGCAUACAAGAAAGUCGCUAACAAAGUCCGCCCAAUUGUCACUGCCAUGCCAGAGUAUGCGCGAAUCGAACGGUGCAUACCCAAGGACCCUCUCGCCACACUUUCCCCCUUGUCCCCUCAUCCCCCCGAUUUCACACCUGGCACUCAGCUCUCGCAGGAACGCAUGGACAACCUGGGUGUCCUCAUUAGUGAUUUUCUUUGGCCCGAAGAACAGAAGUUGAUUGCCCAGGUUUUGAAGCAAAAUGAGACCGAUAUUGCGUGGGAUGAGUCCGAGAAAGGUCAUUUUCGUGACGAAUAUUUCAAGCCUGUCAUCAUUCCUACCAUUCCGCAUACCCCCUGGGUCCACCGCCAGCCUCCUAUCCCACCAGGUAUCCGUGAAGAAGUUGUCAAGCUGAUUCAGGCAAAGAUCAAGUCUGGUGUCUACGAGCCAUCCAACAGUGCUUACCAAUCAAAAUUCUUCUGUGUUGCGAAGAAGGACGGAUCAGUGCGAAUUGUGCAUGACCUGCAGCCGCUCAACCGUGUCAGUAUCCAGGAUUCCGCAGCACCCCCUUAUGUCGAACACUUUGCAAAGCAGUGUGCCGGCUGUUCCAUAUACACAAUGAUGGACCUCUUCGUCGGAUUUGACCACUGCACACUGGAUCCAUCAUCACGCAAUUUCACCACAUUCCAGAGUCUGGUCGGCACUCUACGUCUUACUGUUUUGCCUCAAGGAUGGACCGGAUUGCCACCAAUCUUUCAAGGUGAUGUCGUGUGGAUCUUGCAAGAUGAGGUUGAAGUUGCCCCGAAUUUUCAAGAUGAUAUUAAUGUUCUAGGCAAGAAGACACGGUACGAAUUAAAUGGAGGAGAAUAUGAAGUCAUACUGGAGAACCCGAAGAUUCAACAUUUUGUCUGGGAGCACGCACAAGACCUCAAUCGCGUCUUGCACCGUCUGAAGCACGCUGGAGCUACCGUCUCAGGCAAGAAGCUCUUCCCCGAUCGAGAAGAAGUUAUCGCUGUUGGCCAAUGUUGCAACUAUGAAGGACGUGCACCCGAUAAUUUGAAAGUCGCCAAGAUUGUCAAAUGGCCCGCGUGUACAACAAAGUCUGAGGUCCGUGGCUUUCUUGGCACAGCAGGAACAGUCUGCAUGUGGAUCAAGGACUUUGCCACCAUUGCACGCCCUCUUGUGAAUCUAACCAAGAAUGAUACCCCUUUCGAGUGGGGCCCCGCAGAACAAGAAUCCAUGGACCUACUCAAGGAUGCUGUUGUUCACUCUCCCGCCAUCUGCCCGAUCGACUACAAGUCCGAUAACGAAGUCAUUCUCGCAGUCGACUCAUCACACAUUGCCACCGGUUACAUUCUAUUACAGCUUGAUGACGCUGCUCGUCGCCGUCCCUCUCGCUUCAGCUCAAUUACUUGGAAUGAUCAGGAGUCUCGUUAUUCACAAGCAAAAAUCGAAUUAUAUGGGCUCUUCCGCUCGCUCAAAGCUGUCAAGAUUUUUAUUGUUGGAGUUCGGAAUCUCACCGUGGAAGUAGAUGCAAAAUAUAUUAAAGGCAUGAUCAAUAAUCCCGAUGCGCAUCUGAACGCCACUAUGAAUCGAUGGAUCGCAGGUAUUUUACUUUUUAAUUUCAAGCUUGUUCAUGUACCAGGACCAAAACACCGAGGACCCGAUGGAUUGUCCCGAUGCCCACGUGCUGAAGAUGACGCCGAAGAUGAUGGAGAGGAUUCGGAGGAGAUUGAGGAAUGGUUGGAUGAGGUUUUGAGUUGUGGGAUAUCGAUUGCUGGAGGAUUAGCAGACGGAAUGAUCGGAAUACCAACAGAAGAAGAAGGACAGAAAGAACAGACAGGUUUAGUUUUAACCGCAGGAUCACACGCGCACGACGCGCACGACGACAUCAUUAUUCCCCCUUCCACGACUUCUCAAUGUGACGAUGACAACUUACACCGCAUUCAACACUAUCUGAGGACUCUCAAAUGA